AUGCCCCGCGGUUUUUCGAAAGGCCUGCGUGAGACGGUAUCUCGAAUUGGGAAGUCCAUCAGACGCUCGAACGAUGAAGAACUGCCGCUAUCGUCUACCGAGACCCCGGCCGGUAACUCAAUGGCUCUGACCAACCACAGUGCUAGCACCGAGUCGAUCCAUACCGUCCCUCCAACGUUUGUAGCGUCUGACGCCAGACUGGGUGAUCCGAGUCCAGCCUCCCAAUCAAGAACCACCAGAACCACCCUGUACUCGCAAACAUCCGAGACCUUUCCCGAAAAUCUUGUUCCUUCGGCUAUGGACUGGUCCGAGGGGUCAAAUGCAGCUGACCCUGAGGUCGCACAGAUCAAAGUCAAUCAAGUCCAGAAUGAUCCUUCCGAACCUCUCCGUGAUUUGCUUCACGAGAUGAAAAUCUUUCAGAGGAAGGAUGAUACCUCUGGUGACGCAGAGAAGCAGCGGCUCCGGGAAGAGUUCAUCGAACAACUGAAACGGCAUUACAAUGUUACGCACCUUAGCCGAACUGAACGGCCACGGUACACAAAGUCUCCUUACAAGAUCCAACUUGAGGACCUUGUGCCACAGGAGCUCAUGGGGAAUCUCGAAGCAGCGUUGAUGAAAGACAACUUAUUCUAUCGGGCGACGGUCGUUAACGCUCACAAUCUCUACUGGCUUGAUGAGCUGCUGUGA